GGUCGACCGAUGGCGGCUGUAGCAGAACUGGUUGUGGCUUUCACGAGGCAACAACACUCCCUUAUUCCCACAGCGUACACCAUCAACAUUUCAAUCCCCAAGAACAAGUGAAAUAUCAACAAUACAAACCAACAAAAUCCAACCUGUUGAUCAUCAUUGUGUGCAUUAACAUUGUGUUGUCACGUGGGUGAUGGCACGUGGAGCCAUUGAAAAUCAACUGUCAAAUAAAUAAAUACACACCAGUUUUGCUGGUGUACUCGUUCGAGCGUCUGUGAUAAACCAGUGUGCGGGAAUAUUUGAAUUCGCAUCGAGCUAAACUUUUCAUUCGACAACAAAAGCUCUUUUUUUUUAUUUAAAAGAAAAAAGGAGGGAGUAAACAUCCGCGGGACAGGACGAAAUGGUGAAAUGAGGUGAAAAACCGGUCGUGUGGUUUUGGUGCUGUGAGUUCUGUGAAUUGUGCGUGGACUUUUUCUUUUUUUUCAUUUUAUUUUUGAUAAACAAAAAAAAAUCAGUGCGCGCAUCAACACGCGGUGGAAGUUCGGCAACGGAAACACGUGGGUUUCGCUGGCUGCAUGAUGUUUCUGAGACUGGCGUUUCUGUUCAUCGUUCUCAAACCGGGAUAUGGAUUCUUCAAUCUUUUUCUCAGUCAGACGGAAGUCCGGAAAUUGAUGGGCCUGGAAGCAGAACUUUUCUACGUAAGAGAGGGAGUAAUAAACGAGUAUGCCAUCAAGUUUAACGUACCAGUACCCGCCCAAGUGCACAAGCUUCACUUCACAUGGCAGAAUCUCGCCGGAAGACCGCUGCCUUACACAAUGGCAGUUGACGUGAGUAAUCCCUCGGCAUUAAAAAGCUCUUUCAAUAUCUCGGAAGCUGGUGAAAUCCCCGUGGGAGAGCUACAAACUUGGGCACUCAACCUUCACUGUGGGCCAUACGAUGCCGAGGUCGACUUGACUCUUCGUAUUAAUGUUGCACAAAAUCGUAGAAACACAACGAAACUCGAGGUGAAGAGGAAAAAAAUAUGUCUGAAGGAUAAAAGCACUUAUCCAAGCCCAGAGGAGGUCCUCGUAGCAGCAUCUGGGACAACAUCAGGCGGUCAAAUAUUUUAUGCUGCUGUUGGAUGUGCAUGUGCAUUCAUUGCAGCAAUACUUGUUCUAGUUGUUGCUUAUUACGUCAGGGAUAAGAAGGCUAGGAGACAUCGGGAUCCUCUGCAGGAGAGCAGGGGCUUGAGUUCUGCCUGCAGUGUUGAAAGAGGCACUGGAAUUGGACCAGCACAGACAUUCCUAUCACCGGAAACACCACCACCACCUUCUUGUGCUUCCGCUACUAGCUACAGGCGUCUUGAUGAUCGUCCAAGUCGGGAGCUGCAUGAGAGAAUCCAGGAAAUUACUGUUCAGAGAUGUCGAGUGCGUCUUUUAAGCAUCGAAAUGGAGGGUACGUUCGGCCGGGUUUACCGAGGCAGUUACCAUGAGGAGGGUGCAACAACACCCCGAGAAGUUCUCGUGAAAACCGCAGCAGAACAUGCCUCUCAGUCCCAGGUGGCACUAUUACUACGGGAGGGAUUAGCUCUGUAUGGAUUGAGUCAUGUGGCUCUCCUUCCAGUUCUUGGUGUCUCGAUUGAGGACAGGAGUGCACCAUUUUUACUCUAUCCACACACUGGGUAUAGGAACAUGAAGAGGUUUUUGCUGAGGUGCAAACAGAGCAGUGAGGGCCCACCGAGGGCACUAACCACUCAGGAAGUCGUUGAGAUGGCCCUUCAAGCUGCCAAGGGGGUGCAGUAUCUACACAGAAAACGACUGGUGCAUCGGGACUUAGCAGCGAGAAAUUGCGUUGUUGAUGAUGACCUCAGAGUACAGAUCACUGAUAAUGCCCUCGCCAGGGAUCUCUUUCCCCAAGACUAUCACUGCCUCGGUGAUAACGAAAACCGUCCGAUAAAAUGGUUGGCUAUCGAGAGUCUCCUCAGUAAAACCUUCACCACAGCCUCCGAUGUGUGGGCCUUUGGUGUUCUCCUCUGGGAGCUGACAACACUGGCUCAACAGCCAUACGUGGAAGUAGAUCCAUUCGAGAUGGCCUCAUACCUCAGAAAUGGUUACCGACUUGCACAGCCGAUAAACUGUCCAGACGAGCUUUUUGCUGUGAUGGCGUAUUGUUGGGCCAUGUCACAAGACGAGAGGCCAACAUUCUCUCAACUCAUUGUCUGCCUCCAAGAGUUCCACACCCAGUUAACCAGAUACGUUUGAAUUCAAAACCAUUUCCCUCUCCAUGAAUAGAAGACUGGCUUUUCCAUUUUAUCCCCAGACAUUUCACCAUUUUGUUGUAAAUAGUCCAAUCGGUACUUACUGAGAUGUAUUUUUAAUCUCGAGAGAAAAGAUGACUGUUGAUUUGCUUUUAAGGACACCCAGAGGAUCUCCAUUUUUUUUUUCUUUAUCAUUUAGACUCUAAUUAUGGGAGAAAUGUUUGAUGUAACAAAAGUAGAAAAUAACGUAUCGAGUACAGCUUUGCAAUUGCCAUUACAAAAUUAUCACUGCCGAGCAUAUCCAAAUGUAUUAUCAUUACAUAUUGCCCUGUAAAUGGUUACUGUCAAGAACAGAUUAGAUGAAAGAAUUAUGGAAUCUUUGACAUGAUUGUGAUAGAGUGAUCUACGUUUAUUCGCUUUCCACAAUUGUUGUAGGUAUCCAAGUGCCAAGUUUUUUGUAUUUUUGUACAUAGUUUAAAUAGCGAGGUUGUUUAACCAAAACCCAUCAAAGACUGUAUAUAGUGAACAGAUAUAUUAUGUAAAUGUAUACGCUAUAUUGAAAUAACAUGAAUGUAUUUCAACGUG